ACUGCUUCUUCUCCUCUUGAAAACGCAGAGACCACAAAGUCGUUUUGAUUUCGUUUCUGCAAAAUCAGAGAAGAGAGAGAAAACGUUGAGAACCUCAGCUAUGGCGGUGUCCACGUGUCCUAAGGCUUUCUCCUCCUUCGAGUGCCGCUCAGAUCCCGACUUCACCGGCUUCCCCCGCCAUGAAAAACCGGCUUCGGCACGCUUCGGAAUGCGGGUCGACCCGGCGGCUCGCGGCUCUCACGGCCUUUCUUCUCUGAUCCUCAGGUUUCCUCCUAACUUCGUGCGACAGCUCAGCACCAAGGCACGGAGGAAUUGUAGCAACAUCGGCGUCGCGCAGAUUGUCGCCGCUUCGUGGUCGAACAACUCCGCCUCCGGUGUUCCCGCGGUGCCGGCGGCUACUUCUGUAGAUGCCGCCGCCACCGCAGAUGUUCCGGUUGCGCCUGUUGACGGUGCGGCCGGUGAAGAUGUGGUGGUUCCUGGAAAUGGGGGCUUACCACCGGUUGAGGGCCUUCCUGCUUUGAAGGAGUCCUCGUUCUUGAGCUCCGAUGGGAGUCUCACCAUUCAUGCAGGGGAACGAUUGGGUCGCGGCAUAGUUACUGAUGCAAUUACUACCCCGGUGGUCAAUACUUCUGCUUAUUUUUUCAAGAAAUCUGCCGACCUCAUUGAUUUUAAGGAGAAACGCGCUGUAAGUUUUGAAUAUGGUCGCUAUGGAAACCCAACGACGGUGGUGGCUGAGGAGAAGAUAAGUGCUCUUGAGGGAGCUGAGUCAACCUUGAUAGUCGCAUCUGGGAUGUGCGCUAGCACACUCUUGUUUAUGGCAUUGGUUCCAGCUGGUGGGCAUAUUGUAACGACCACAGAUUGUUAUAGGAAGACUAGGAUUUUCAUUGAGACUAUUCUACCCAAGAUGGGAAUAUCGGCUACAGUAAUUGAUCCUGCAGAUGUUGGAGCUUUGGAGGCUGCACUGGACAAGAACAAGGUUUCUUUGUUCUUCACCGAGUCUCCUACUAAUCCAUUCCUUAGGUGUGUUGACAUUGAACUAGUUUCUAAGCUAUGCCACAGCAAAGGAGCAUUGGUAUGUAUAGAUGGUACUUUUGCCACUCCUAUUAACCAGAAGGCCCUUGCUCUUGGGGCUGAUCUUGUCGUGCACUCUGCUACAAAAUAUAUUGGCGGCCACAACGAUGUCCUUGCUGGAUGCAUUAGUGGUCCGCAUAAGUUGAUCUCAGAAAUUCGUAAUUUGCAUCAUAUCAUGGGUGGUGCUCUCAACCCGAAUGCUGCAUACCUGAUCAUUCGAGGCAUGAAGACAUUGCAUCUUCGUGUACAGCAACAGAAUUCGACAGCAUCGAGGAUGGCCGAAGUUUUAGAGGCACAUCCUAAGGUGGCUCAGGUCUAUUAUCCUGGCUUGAAAAGUCAUCCUGAACAUGAACUUGCCAAGAGGCAAAUGACUGGUUUCGGUGGUGUCGUCAGUUUUGAUAUUGAUGGCGACUUACAUACCACCAUCAAAUUCAUUGAUGCACUUAAAAUUCCAUACAUUGCCCCAUCUUUUGGUGGCUGUGAGAGUAUUGUGGAUCAACCAGCAAUUAUGUCUUACUGGGACCUCAGUCAGUCAGAAAGGCUCAAGUAUGGUAUCAAGGAUAACUUGGUGAGGUUUAGUUUUGGAGUCGAAGACUUCGAAGACGUGAAAAAAGACAUUCUCCAGGCUUUGGAUUCUAUAUGAACACUUGCAACCUGAUACUCUUCUCCUCAGGCUCCGGUGAUCAUGUAAGGGCGCUGUGCGUCUCCAUCUAGUUUUUCUCUUCUUCAUAUGUUUCGUUCGAUUUUGGUGGAUACCAUCAAAUUUGAUCAGCCAAUCUUUUGUCUUUGAUCUUGUAGCGGAUGAUGAUUCAUUGCAUGAAUAAAACUGCUCUUUGACGUUCUUUGUGUUA